CUCGAACCAAACCAUGAGUGCUUGUCUUCGUUUCACUCGACGGGUCUGGAAGUCAUUCCUGGAUAAUAAAGGUCAUGAUGCUCAAUGUUUCCCGAAUCUAAACAUUCACCGUGCUCAUCCUGGCACCCUUGAGGCCUCUUUGAAGAUUGAGCCCUAUAAUGUCAAUAGAGUCGGGACUGUCCACGGCGGACUCAUCAUGUCUCUGACGGACACCAUGGGAUCUCUUGCACUCGCCACGAAAGGCCAAUACAUGACUGGCGUUUCUACCGAUCUUGCGGCUACCUUCGUGAAGCCAGCAGGUAAACCGGGAGACAUCCUAAACAUGGCGGCCACGGUGACUGGAAUGGGUAAAUCUCUGGCGUAUACGCGAGUGGACUUCACGAAUCCUGCCGGUGAUCUGGUUGCCUUCGGUCACCACACGAAGUACAUCGGCAAAUCCGUUGGUCAUGCGGACAAUGUCAAGUUCUCUGCAGACGGAGAGACGGUCAUUGAGGGCAAGGAUGUUGAUUAAUAGUUUCAUCGUACAGAGACGGAACGCGUGGAUUGUUCGGACUAUUUCUGAGGCUGGAACUUGCUCGGAGUAUCCUCCUAGAUAGCUUCGCAAUAACCUAGAAAGAAUUGUUAUAUGCGAAUAAACAUGCGCGAUGGUCGUGUUGUGUGGCGA